AUGCCGAGACGGUUUCGGCAGCCUUUCAAUAACAGAAACAAGCACGAGAUGAUGGACACAUUCUCACCGCGGUCCGCGACACUCAUGCUCCGUCCCGUCCAAGAGACAUUCGUCAAUCUUGCGCUUAUUGUUGAUGGCGUUGGGUGGCCCCGCCAUGACGGCUCAAACCCAGACCUCACAAGUUGCAGGGCACUCCGAUGGGGUCUCGUGUCAAGCUCUUUCUUCCUUGAGUCGGCAAAGCCAAGCGAGGACCGUAGUGGGGUCUGGGCUCUCAUGCCAAGAAACAUUGAGGAAAUCAUAAUUGAAUUCAGUUCGAAAGGUGGCCUUUCCCACUUCGCCGAUCGCCUCCAUACACCCAACUUCGGUAACCCGUGGUACAAUGAGACAAUGUUUUCAGACGGCUCCUGGCUCGUGGAGAUUGCCGCGCAAAAAACAGAGCAUUAUCCGAAUCUCGAAUCUAUCGUCAUGUCGGACCUGGACAUUGUGAAAGGGACUGUUUCAAAGCUUAGAUCCCUGGAAGAUGUUCAAACAGGACCUUACCAUAUAUACAACUGCGGCACCCGCACUCCAUCAGUCUCCGUUCUUAUCAACACCCUUAUUGCUACACUCCAACCGGUCCUCGACGAUGUUUCCCGACCUUUUUCCAGCCCCGCGUAUACCACUUUCUUCAAAAAUAUUGCUUUCGCUCCGAUUGUGUACGACCUCCUCUCAAACAUCACGACAGGCGCGCCCACCUCUCCCGGACCCCACGCUCUAAAAGAUGCCCCCCCUGAACUCUUUGGAGCACCAAUCACCCCCCAAUUUGUAUGUGUCACAGCUUACGAACAACUUACCUGGUCGUUAGAACCUGGGGGGCAGGGAGGGAGACAGUUGGACGCAUAUACAGCUUGUCACCAAAGCCCAGUACAUGCAUUCGCUACCGUUGGCACAAGGUUUCUCAAAAAUUACAUUGUACUGUGUCCCGCUUUCUGGACGUACGCCGCCAUUCCCUCGUCGUCAAAGUCUACUUGCUUACCUGUGGACCCGCAUUUCAAUCGCUUCAGAGACGGUGGCGGGCGCCUAGUCCAAUUCCAGCUCUGGGUAAUAUUGCAUGAGCUAGCGCAUGCUUACAUCUAUGCCAGGAGCGGGCUUGUAACAGAUGUUUCGACUGCUAACAACUGCAUGUGGUUGGCUGCCAGCAGUGCUGUGAACAACGCGCAGAACUUUGUGUUUUAUGCUGCCAACAUUCGGUUAGGAUGCACAGAUUUUCCACGGGUGGCUAGGCCGUCGUUCGGUAGCGUUGAAUUACUGGAGAUCGAUGCAAACACGACAUUGAGUGGUGGUUCGGAACCCCAAAAUAUGUCUAUGUACGGAGGCCAGUCCAUUGGUAACAACUCGACACGGACUAAUAUGGAUCUACCGAAUAUCGUCGCCCCGGCGCCAUAUGGCCAACCUAGCAUGUGA